AUGAAUUCUCGUACACAUUACACGAUAUUAAAAACUGCAUUAAAAACACCUUCUCCUCCUCAAUUACCUGCUUUGGCACCUCCUUCUCAAUUACCUGCUUUGGCACCUCCUCCUCAAUUACCUGCUUUGGUUCCUUCUUCUCAAUUAUCUGCUUUGGCACCUCCUCCUCAAUUACCUGCUUUGUCCGAAACUGUCAAUGGAUUUUAG